GGUGAAGACUAUUGCCUGCACAGUAUAUUGCUUUCCUUGCCCUAGGACACCCCUGGAGUCUUCCACGCAGCCCGAUUCCCCGGAGAAAAAGUAUGCAGGCGGCUAUGAAUACUUGUUUGAAUAUUGAGAAACGAUGACGACUCCUUUAUGGUGCUGAUCCCCCGUUUUGUGUGACACGUCCUCGUUCCUGCAUCUUACUACCGGCGUUAAUCAAAUAUUAACUGACUGCACGCUCAUCAACUAUCAAACGCAUCAACCAAUCAAACAAAUUCCUCUCGACUUGCCGGGGAACUGCAGCCAUGAAGGGCGCAUCCAGUACUGCAGCACUUGCUACCACUGCCAUGUUGAAGGCGCCAGGGACCGAUGCAUUGUCUUUUCAAAGCAACUCAACUUCAUGCUGUAGCCACCUUAUCGCCGCUGGCUUGGGGGAGAGGGUCUUCUUCCCGAACCAGACCGUGUAUGAAGAUCGGAUUGACUCUUACUGGUCCGUCAGCGCUCAGUUGCGACCAAACUGUGUUAUCCAGCCUCAGUCAGCAGAAGAAGUGUCCUUGACUGUCACUACACUGGUUGGCGACUCUGGCUGUCAAUUUGCGGUACGCUCAGGAGGCCACACAACUUGGGCAGGUGCCAAUAACAUUGAGAAUGGUGUCACCAUUGACUUGGGGGAUAUGAACACCACCACGUUUCACCCUGAAAACAGCACGGUGACCAUCCUCCCUGGAUCGAGAUGGCUACAAGUAUACCAAACAUUGGAUGCCAUUGGCAUGACCGUCCCAGGAGGUCGAGCCGGCACCGUCGGAGUGGCCGGCCUCGUAACCGGCGGCGGCAACUCAUUCUACUCAGCCCAGACCGGUAUGGUGUGUGACGCCGUUGUCAACUAUGAAGUCGUUCUCGCCAGUGGAGAGAUAAUCUAUGCUAACAACGACGCCAACCCGGACCUGUUCCGAGCCCUAAAAGGAGGUUCGGGGAACUUCGGCAUCGUGACACGGUUCGAUAUGGAGGCUUUCGAGGCCUCCAAGCUGUGGGGUGGUGCUACCAUGUAUAACAAGACCUACAGCGAUCAGCUCCUCGAUGCCAUGGUUGACUUCACCGAUCACGUUGUGGAUGAUCAGUUGAGCAGUUCCAUUAUCUUCUGGACAUACCAGCCUGCUCUGUUGGAUACGGUGGUUCUGGCAGCGUAUGAGAAUACGGCUGGCGAGGUUGCACCUCCCGCAUUCGACAAGUAUAUGGCGAUACCGGCGAACAUCUCAUCGACUAUGCGGAUAACCAACAUCUCGGAUAUUACACAUGAGCUAGAACAGCCGACAGGCUACCGCGAUAUGUGGUUCACUCUCUCUUUUAAAAAUGAUGAGCGCGUUCUCUCCAAAGCCGUAGAACUGCACAACCAGCUCGUCGAAGAGAUGAAAAUCGAGUCUUCCGACGGCGACUUCAUAACUCAAUGCAUGUUCCAGCCCAUGCCCUCUCUCUACGCCAAGCAAUCCGUUGAGAAAGGCGGAAAUAUGCUGGGCUUGGACAAAGUCAAAGAAAACGCAAUUCUAUGGCUCGCAACCCUUGCUGUCAAGGGGGCGGACCAGGAACUCAUAGGUCGCCAGAAGAUGAUCACAUGGGUUAACGCAGUCGAGGAAUACGCCACGUCUAUCGACGCUCACAAUGACUGGAUCUACCUCAAUUAUGCCGACAGCACGCAGAAGCCACUUGAGAGUUAUGGCGCUGAGAAUGUCGAGAAGAUUCGCGCUGCAGCCGCCAAAUACGACCCUACCGGCGUGUUUCAGACGCGGGUCCCGGGCGGUUUCAAGAUCUCCCAUGUGACGGCUGUCUAGGAUGAUUUAACAGGAUAUCGAGACAGGUCGAAGAUUGAGACAUUAAACACUUCUGCUAGCUCCGGGUCAGCCACCUUACUUCAUGCCAAUGUUGUAGGUCAUACUAUUUCGAAAGUAAAGCAAGCUGUCGCCGUGUUGACGCGCCGUAUUUCUUCGUGAUUCAGCGAGGAUAUGGACAGAGCCACAUAGUUAUAUUGAGUAGCCUAAUAUCUUUGAGCCAUGCAUAUUUCAAGCUUCUGUGUAC